CCCCGAUAGAUGCGUUGUACACCAAGACUAAGAUAUGACCAGCGAUGUUGUUACUGGCGGCUCCACGGCCAAGAGGAAGAUUGCGUUUGCUUUGUUCCUGAUCGUGAGUCUGGCUGUAUCACUUACUGUGGGAUCGUCCUAUAUUUCGACAAGGACAAGAACAACGCAAAACCAUUGGAUUUCAGGCUAGGCAAGCGUUCUGAUGUCAUCGUUGAUUGUCAUCCAGAGUCUGACGGUACAGAGGAGAAGUGCAAGGAAAGAGGCUGUUUAUGGUCUCCGGUAUCUGACAAGGGCGCCCCCUGGUGUAAAUUCCCCACCGGAUAUGGCUAUAGAAUUGUGGGUAACGUGACGGACACACCGAUGGGCAUGCGCAUUGAACUGGAGCGCACAUCUCAUCCUCAGUAUCUAGUCCGCUCGGCGUCUGUCGAUAAUAUAUACCUGGACGUGGAGUUCCAUACCGACGCCCGCCUCAGAUUAAGGUUCUAUCCCAAGAACGGCACAAGAUGGGAGAUACCGGAUAGCGUCCUGAAUAUACCGACUCCCAGCAACAAGGCCAGCGAGACUUCACGGCUGUACGAUGUGACCAUCGUGGAUGCUCCAGUGUUUGGCGUCAUCAUCACCCGGGUGUCUAACAACCAGACAAUAUUCAACACAUCCCUGCCAGGGUUCAUCUAUUCCGACCAGUACCUGCAGCUGACCACGACGCUGGCGUCCGACAACGUGUACGGCUUCGGGGAACACAACCAUCGCCAACUCCGCCAUGACCUCGCCUGGAAAACGUGGAGCAUCUUUACCAGAGAUGUGGCGCCCGUUGACGAGUGGAACCUGUACGGCGCUCACCCCACCUACAUGAACGUGGAGGACAACGGUAGUGCCCACAUGGUCUUCCUCAAGAACAGCAACGCCAUGGAGGUGUUCCUGCAGCCGUCUCCGCAUCCAGCCAUCACUUUUAGAACUAUCGGCGGCGUCCUCGACUUCUACAUCUUCCUCGGCCCAUCACCUGGCGAGGCAGUACAACAAUACACGGCGGCUGUGGGUAGGCCUGUUAUGCCGCCUUACUGGACGCUAGGCUUCCACCUCUGCCGCUGGGGCUACACCAACAUCACCGACCUGAGGAUGGUCAUCGACCGGAACAGGGAAGCCGGGAUACCAUAUGACGCUCAGUGGGCUGACCUGGAAUACAUGUACAACAAGUUCGUCUUCAGCUACGACCGCGACACCUUCGCCGGACUCCCGGAUCUGGUGCAAGACCUUCACGACCACAACCAGAAGUUUGUUGUCAUCGUGGACCCCGGUCUGGGCAACGACCCAAACAUCAGCAGUGACAUAAAAUUCAACAGUCCAGGUUACGACGUCUUCGACGAUGGUGCCACAGAGGGAGUGCUGGUGAUGACUCCGAACAACUCCGGUCCCCUCGUAGCUGAAGUGUGGCCAGGCACUACCGGGUACCCAGACUUCACCAACCCGAGGACGGAGGUGUGGUGGGAGAAGUGGGCACAGUAUUUCCAUGACAACGAGAGUAUCCACUUUGAUUCCCUCUGGAUCGACAUGAACGAACCUUCAAGUUUUGUCCCCGGGUCUGUAGACGGCUGUGAGAACAACACGUGGAACAACCCGCCAUACACCCCAAACAUCCUGGGCCGAGGGAAGGACGGGCGCAUGUAUGACAAGACGCUCUGUAUGGAUGCCAGACAACACAUCGGCAGCCACUACGAUGUCCACAGUUUGUAUGCCCACACACAGGCCAUACAGACAUACAAUGCUCUGAAGAACAUAUUCCCCGGCAAGCGGCCGUGGACGAUGACCCGGUCAUCCUAUGCGGGGACGGGGAAGUAUGCCACCAAGUGGAUGGGGGACAAUCAGUCCCGCUGGGAACAGAUGAAGUGGUCAAUUGUGGGUAUCCUUGAGUUCGGUCUUUUCGGCUUUUCCUUGAACGGCGCAGACAUCUGCGGGUUCUGGUACGAGGCGGAGUACGAAAUGUGUGUCAGGUGGCAUCAACUCGGCGCCUUCUACCCCUUCGCCCGUAACCACAACGCUCUUGGGGACGCUCCUGAAUUCUUCAAGCCGCAAGACCCUGCUGCCUGGGAUGCCCGAUUCCUCCGUCUUGCGAAGGACGCACUCGUCACCCGCUACAAGCUGCUGCCCUACCUUUACACCCUCAUGCACAAUGCGCAUGCGCAGGGAGACACUGUCAUGAGGCCGCUCCUGUUCGAGUUUCCUAACGACCCAAUCUGCCUGAGUGUUGAUGAGCAAUUCCUGCUGGGUCCUGCACUGCUUGUGUCUCCAGUCCUUAACAAGGGGCAGACAAUUGUGAAAGCAUAUUUCCCAGAAGGCCACUGGUAUGACUACUUCAAGGGUGAAAGGGUUGCGGUGAAAGAAGAUUACCUUGAUCUUGACACGCCACUAGAGAAGUUCAACCUUCACGUCCGGGGAGGUCACGUGAUUCCAUGGCAGGUGCCGUCUAACACAACAUACGCCAGCCGAAACAACACGAUUGGUGCCAUUGUUGCCCUGGAUAAAGAAGGCAGAGCUCAGGGCGAGUUGUUCUGGGAUGAUGGGGAGGCAAUAGAUACCUACGAAACAAACCAGUAUUUAUUGAUCAAGUUCCGCAUGCCCAAGGUUGGUGAGCUACACGUGGUUCCGACAGGGUCGGUGUCAGUGUUGCCGCCACCGCCGCUUGACCAGCUGGACAUCUAUGGCCUCCAGACCAUUCCACUGUCAGUCAAGCUGGACGGGCAAGCGGUGCCCGUCGACAACAUACGACAGUCCUACGCGAUUAUUUCGUUACUGAACCUGAAAAUAACCCUCACCAACAACCACACCAUAACGUGGUGGUAGCAGCCAAUCAGACAGACAAGUGCUUCACUUCCGAGAAACGUCAGCCAAUCAAUGGUGUCCUCAUUCACGGAAAUCACUUGAUGUGUAACACAAGAUCUCGCAUUCCAUCAAAACUGUUUUCGGCGUCUGAUUUCAGGCAGUGAUACAUUCCUCGCCUCAGCUGAAAAAAUAUGGAAUGCUAACAUGCCUUAUUCAAAUGAUUAAUCACAGAUAUACGCUUAUAAAAAAAAGAAACUUGACAUGCUGUUUUGGAGUUCAUUUACCAUUCCUCCACAUUUUGGGAUACAGCAUGAAUUGGUUUGUGUAAAAUAAUUUCAUAAAAUUCAAAUUGUUCCAAUGUCAAGUUUCUCUUUUUUUAAGAGUCUAUAUGUAUCUGAUACAAACAUAUGUAAAGAGACAUUGCUGGAUGGGUGUACGUAGAAUUAUAUUCUGCAUUACUAUGUGAUAUUUUGUGUGAUACAAAGACCUGCUGAUGUCCAACCAAUCAAAUCCCUCCAUGACGUCAUAUACCUUAUAUAGGCAUAAACUAUCUCAGGAUGGGAAGGACACAGCUUUAUCGUUUAGUAUAUAUUUAGCUGAAACCCGGAUGUGGAAAGCAUGAAUGUAAUUUGUUUUAUAAAUUCCUUUAUGACAUAUUUCAAUACACUAUUUUUACACAAAGAAAA